AUGAACGAAAGCGGGAUUGCCUUGGCCAACGGGGUGCUCGAGGAGCAAUACGGCGACUGCGACAGUCCGAAGGCGCACCGCCUUCCCGCCCUGGGCCUCGAGAGCCACCACGGCUCAUUCCAGGUGGAUGGAUUCAACCGGGCACUCCAGCGAGGGAGCACCAGCAGUGGCAAGUUGGCUCGUUUCCUGUCUCUGGGAAAGACCAGCCCGGAGCACCGGAAGAAUACAGCAGGAGGCUGGGACAGCAGCGUAUCCCUGGAUGAUAUGUUGCUCCACUCUGUGGACCCCAUUCCCACUUCGCUGCUGAAGAUGCCAAGUGACCAGGCAACCAAGGCAGUGAAGAUGUUCAACAGUCUCUUGAAAUUCACAGGGGAUGCUCCAUGCGAAGUGUCAGAUAUACAGCAGAUGGAGAUUGCCCAGAAGCUCCUGCACAAUGGCCUCAAACGUGCUGAGAUGAAGGACGAGCUGUACAUGCACCUCCUGAAACAGACACGGGGGAAUCCGAACUUUGAAUCCAAGCUGAGGGCAUGGCAGCUGUUUCAUCUUGUGGCAUCGACAAUGCCACCCUCCAAG